UCUAACGUCUCUCAAUAUUUAUUGUAAUUUCAAGUUUUGAAAACUUUAGCGUUCUGAUGAUACUGCUUUUCUGCUCUGCCUUCUGCCAUCUUGAGAUUCAGUGCACCACUACUGCACUGCCUUGAUCACCGUUCACAAAACCAUAUUUUCAAUCAGUGUUAGUAUUAGUUCACACCUUGAUGCUGAUGUGAUACCCGUUUAGUAUCUUUCACAUCACAACGUUUGUUUUUUAUUCCUCACUCCACACUCUCUCUUCCCCACUCAUUCCAUAUUUUCUGCUACUUUGUAGUUUUAGUAGAAAAAUGAAUAGUCAGAACCCAAAAAGUCCAUUAGUAGAUGAAAGCUUAUAUGAUAUUUUCAAAGACACAGAAUUUGGGAAACACCACUUGGGUGUUGGAGAGGAUCUCUUUGCCAUUUUGGAGAGCCUAGAAGAAUUGAGCGAUUUUCCUCCCAUCAACAAUGAUGCUGUUAUUAGCCCAACUUCGAAAGAAAACGAGCAAAGCUCCCAAAAGGUCUCAAUAUCUUCAAGUGCUUGUGCUCCACAAGAUUCUGAAACUGAGCAUGAAAUCUCACCCAAAAGUAAGAGACAAAAGCUUGGUCCCACAUCGCCUGAGGAACCACCGAGGAUGUCUCACAUAACUGUGGAGCGCAACCGAAGAAAGCUAAUGAAUGAGAACUUGUCUGUCUUGAGGUCACUUAUGCCUUCCUUUUAUGUCAAACGGGGUGACCAAGCAUCAAUAAUUGGAGGUGUGGUGGAUUACAUCAACGAGUUGCAGCAACUGUUACAAUGCCUUGAGGCCAAGAAACAAAGAAAAGCUUACACUGAUGUACUUAGCCCUAGGGUAGUUUCAAGCCCAAGGCCUUCACCACUGAGCCCUAGGAAACCACCCUUGAGCCCUAGAAUAAACCUUCCCAUUAGUCCAAGGACUCCACAGCCAGGUAGCCCUUACAAGCCCAGGUUGCAGCAAGGUUACAUUUCCCCAACCAUAACCAACUCUCCUACUUCUUCUGCUUCUUCUUCAAUCAACGAUAAUAUCAAUGAGCUUGUUGCAAAUUCGAAAUCCGUUGUUGCCGAUGUGGAGGUCAAGUUUUCAGGUCCACAUGUUCUUCUGAAGACUGUGUCACCACCAAUUCCAGGCCAGGCCAUGAGAAUAAUAUCAGCACUUGAAGACCUAGCACUCGAAAUCCUCCACGUGAGCAUUAGCACAGCUGAUGAAACCAUGCUAAACUCAUUCACCAUCAAGAUUGGAAUUGAAUGCCAACUCAGUGCCGAAGAACUCGCUCAACAAAUCCAGCAAACAUUCUGCUAAAGAUGCAUGGCUUCCAGACUCUAGAAGAAACAUGAAUCCCCACCCUUCCUCUAUUUAGUGCAUUGUUUGUACCUACGUGUAACUGCAUUAAUAAUAGAGAACAUGGGGCAUUGGCAUAUAACUUUGGUUACUAGCAUUUUCGGUUCAUUUUCUUUCUUUUAACUAGUUAAUUACAGCAAAUUAAUUUUAGUGUAUUAUUUGGUCAUCGUGUAUGUGUCUAGGUAUAUGGCAUGAUUCUAUUGUAAUCAGCC